UACAUCUUAUUUACUUUGCACUUAAGCUGAAUUAAGUCCGUUAAAUUGUUAACAAUACGGUUUCGUCGCGUUUCCCAACUCAUUAAUGGUGGCAAAGCUCUUAUAAUUAAAGCGACCCCGUCAAACCUCUCUAAAGCAUAUGGGCUGUACCCUUACACGCAUUUCAGACAUGGAAGGACAACUUUAACACAUUUGACUUCUAUAUCGACAACAUUCAACCGUCAGUUCCCUGCGAAGUUGAUCUCGAAACUCUGCGGCCCAACCAUGUCUGGAUCCCCGGGCUCGAGUGGCUCCAACCCGCGGAAGUUCAGUGAGAAGAUCGCGCUGCACAACCAGAAACAGGCGGAGGAGACGCGGGCCUUUGAGCAGCUCAUGACAGACCUCACCGUCUCGAGGGUGCAGUUCCAGAAGGUCCAGCAGCUCCGUCUGUCACAGAACCGGGCACAGUACUACGGUGGCUCGCUGCCCAAUGUCAACCAAAUAGGCAAUGCCAGCACUGAUUUCCAGGGGACUUUUCCCUCCGGGCUGGACUCUGUGCGAGGGACCAGACACCAUGGUCUGGUGGAGAGGGUCCAUCGAGACCGCAAUCGGAUCAACUCACCGCACCGCAGGCCCAUUGACAAACACGGGCGGCAGGCUGAGAGCUCUCCCUAUGGAACGAUGUACCUUUCUCCUCCCCCUGACAACAGCUGGAGAAGGGAGCAACCGCCAUGGACCGAAGAGAAACGACCUGGAUUUAGAUUAAUAUCACAGCUUAACAGAACAAACUCUGACUCAGCUCUGCACACCAGUGCCAUGGGCCCAAACCCACAGGAUCCUUUCGGCAAGAACCAGCAGAUGGGCAGAGGACCUCCUCAGCGAAACGCAAGCAUGAAUGAAGCAGAGGUGGACAAUACUGGAGACGUGUUCUCAUUUCCUGCUGUCCCCAAUGAGGAGAAUCUACUUGGAGUGAAUAAGCCAAUGCCCAAACAGUUAUGGGAGGCCAAAAAGGUGCAGUCUCUGUCCUCCCGGCCAAAGUCCUGUGAAGUGCCUGGAAUCAAUAUAUUCCCAUCUCCAGAGCAGAAUGCCGGCUUGUCUCACUACCAGGGCACGUUAAACACUGGCGGGUCUCUUCCUGACCUCAGUAACCUGCACUUCCCCUCUCCGCUGCCCACUCCGCUGGACCCCGACGAGGCUGGAUAUCCCAACCUGAGCGGAGGCAGCAGCACCGGCAACCUCCCCGCAGCCAUGAUGCAUCUGGGCAUCGGAAACUCACAAGGGCUGUCAUCCUCUCUAAGCAACCCUUCUAUCCAGGCGUCCCUCACCAACUCUCAGCUGCACUCGUCUCUCAGCAAUCCAUCAAUCCACACGUCUCUUCGUCUCUCCUCGCUGUCCAACCCUCCUCCGACAGGCAUGGCGAGUUCACCCAGGAGACGGCCGGCCCCCAUUAGUCCCCUGACACUCUCUCCAGGGGGCGAUCAGAGGCGAAGCCUGAGCAAGCAGCUCUCCCCGACAAUGUCGCCCUCUCUGUCCCCGAUCACACAGGGGGUUGCAUUGGACACCAGCAACUUGCCGAUGGAGCCUCCCCCUCCCUACCCCCUUUACCAGCAAACCCAGCAGCCCCUGCAGCAACAGCAGCCUCCUCAGACCCAUCCGUCUAUGCAGCAGAGCUCCCAGCAUCCAGGGGUGCAGCAACGAGCAACAGGUGCCCAACAGCAGCAACAACAGCACCAGCCCGUGUCCCCGCUACAGAACCUCCCACUCGACUUUAAUUCCAGCGCUCACAACAGCUUGGGAGCAUUUUUCAACGAUCCCUUUAUGGAGCAGCAGUAUUCUGGACGUCAGUCCAAGUGUUCGUCCUAUCAGCAGGAUCAGUAUAAUAUGUUAGAGAAUGUCUUGAGCUCUAUGGCAGGAGGAUUUGACCCCUCCUCCAACCUCUACUGCUCCCAGACUGCCCUAAUGGGGUUGGGUGGCAGUCAUGGCAACCUGCAAGACCACCUCCAGAUGAGACCCAACAUGCUCUACUCUAAUUGUGGAGGAGGAGUGCCCAACAUCAUCCUUACAGACGACUCCAAUCCCAGCCUGUCUAAGGACUUCAGCAGUGUGUUGUCCGCAGUGCCAGGGUGUUUGGACUCAGAAGGAGUUUUUCCACUGGAGGAUGAACUACGUAUCGAGCCGCUCAGUUUAGAUGGACUGAGCAUGCUCAGUGACCCCGAUAUGGUCCUCCCUGACCCCUCAGUAGAGGACAGCUUUCGCAGCGACAGACUUUAAAAGAGCCGCAUUAUGCAUGUAUGCAUACAUACAAGUCCGUGAUGACUAAAGCACAGAAACUAUAGCACUCAGACUUUUUUAAACCAUAAAAAGAUCUUUACAUUUUCCUAAACACAAAAGUGCAUGCAUAAACACUACAUAUUGAUAUAAAGCGAAUCAUCAUGCUCGUAUGAGUCACCCAGACGCCGUCUCUCAGUGGCCGCCAUUGCUCAGCAUGCUUAUCUGCCUCCCAAGACGCCGCUCAUCACUCAGCAGAUGUGUGAAGCCAAUCUGGAUGCUUCACACAUUCUUUGAUUUGUAAAGACAAUGAAACAAACAAACAUGAACCUGCCGUGUAUCUACUCCUUGUGCUGAGUGACAAUCAGUACACAGAAGCCAUAGCAAUGCCAAACUGAUGACUGGAUAAGGCUGUUGCAUUGCUGGUCUAUUUCAAAGCCAUGCAACCAAAACAAAAUGAAUGUGCUUGUUUUACACAUUGCUUUUGGAUGUUAUUAGAAGGUCACAGCAGCUUUCAGUGACAUUUCGACAGCAGCGGAAGGAUGGGACGGUCCUGAAUGCAAAGACGGUGAGAAGAUGACAAUAUGACGUGUAAUGGAACAGAAGGAGUCGACAGCCGGCCUAAUACCAGCCCAUAUUGAUGCACCAAAUGCUGUGAUACAAGACACCAGCAGGAUGGGUUGAGCUUUCCCCCUCGCCACGCAACCCAAACUCUUUAUCAGUACCAAGACAGAACAUGUUCGGGGUCCUGAACCGUCUGGUUCGGGCUACUGAGUAGCAGACACAUCUAAAUUAACCAGCAGACUCUGGUGUCACUGCCUGAAGCUUGGAGCAUGCGCUAAGCUAACCGCAUGAUAAUGCUGUGAUUUUCCGACCAAUCAUCGAUCACUUUACUGGCACGUAUGUGAGCCAAAGCCACUCUAACACGCUCAGUCCAUCCUUCAGAAUGUGGCCAGUCCCCCUUAUUCAAAUGACAGACUUAAUUGAGUUACACCUCUCCUCCUGCACAGUCACGUACUAUAAAGAGAGGAGAAGUGUAGAUAAUGUGUAUAGAGCGUUAUUUACAUAUUUUUUGUAUACAAAGAUAAAAGAGCGCUUUGCCACAUAUAUAUGCCUCACAAUUUUCUGACUAGAAUGUAUUUUUGAAACAGAAAAAGGGCAAACUGUUUACAAAGGUAAAGUUUAAGAACUACGAAUUGUGAGUAGGCGCUGAAAUUUGUAUGAUUUUUGGUAUAAGUCUAAAAGAAAAACCUUUGUAUUGCGCUGGUAUUAAUCCAGUCCAUAGUUAGUGAAGCUUUGGCUAUGCAGAUCUUUAGCACAGGACUGUCUCAGAUGGCUGGAACAAUCUAGACCAUAAAAAGGAACUAUUUUGCUUGUAUAUUUACUAUAUCUUUGUGCUUAUUUCAGAUUUUAUACAGACUUGUAAUGCGGCUUCUGAUAUGUCAGUUGUAUUUGUACUUGUUAAUCUGUUCAUGUUCUCUCCUUUUGAACUUUUGUUGUGGACGUCUUCUUUUGUGAAAGUUUGUUGUGAUGGUAUUUCUCACCGUUGUUCAGCAUGGGCCCUCUCUCUGCAGCUCUGAUCCUUGUGAGGGGUUUUAUGGGAAAAAAAAAACGUCUUUAAGAGGUGUGAUCUGUGGACGUGGAACACAUGUAUCAUUGUUAUUGCUCAUGUUGAAGUUUGCACUGAUCUAAACAAAAUUGAUCUUUUGGUUUUAAGCAGUAGUUUUAUUUUGGCGAAGAUGUAAUUUGCGAUGAUGCGAAGACGUUGUCUUUUCAGCAUGUUAUCCAUGUGAAUGCAGUAUAUUUUGUGAAUUACUAGAUUCAAAUGACCAAAAUUUUUGAGAUGAAGAAAGAUAUCUAAAUAUAGCUCAGGAAUGCUUUUUUUCACCAUAUCGUGAGUGGUUUUAUGCCCAUCUCUUGCCUCUUGACUGCCAGACCUGGGUAAGAUGUGU